UAUCUACAUUUUUUAGUCAAUUAAUUUAUUAUUAAAAACUAUAACAUGUCAUAAUCUAAAAUUAUUAUUUAUUUUUUAAUAUAAAAUAAAAGUAAAUUUAGUUUCACUUUAAUUGAUUUGUUAAAAUUAAACUUGAAUAAAUACUUUUUGUUGAGUAGCACCAAUUUCAAAAUAUUUAAAAAGUAAACAAAAUUUGUAGUUUGAAUGGAAACUAAAAUUUUCAUAAAUGAAUCAAAUUAUCAAGAUAAUUCUUAUUUUUCUCUAAAAAAAGAAGAACCCCCAAGGAAAUUGCUAUGGGUUAAUAUAGGCCAUUUAUCUGAAUUAUGGCAAUUUUUAAUUUGUUCGUUUGUAGUAUUUAUUUUCUUCAUACCAUAUGGAUAUCUACAAGAAUCAAUAUUUGCAGUUAAAGGGUUCAAACCAUUUGGAUGGUAUUUAACUCUUGUUCAAUUUUUAAAUUAUUCUAUUUUCGGAUACAUAGAAAGUAAAUUUAAUAAAAUUCAAAGAAGAAUACCUAUUAAAUUAUACCUUUUAUUAGGUGUAAUAUUAUUAGGUUCAAUGGGAUUUUCUAAUGCUUCACUUGGUUACUUGAAUUAUCCUACUCAAGUUAUAUUUAAAUGUUGUAAAUUAAUACCAGUAAUGAUUGGUGGUGUACUAAUUCAGAAAAAAGUGUAUAAAAUUAUUGACACUGUAGCAGCUUUAAGCAUGUGUAUUGGCUUAAUUCUUUUUACUUUAGCAGACAAUAAAAUUUCUCCUCAUUUCAACUUUUUAGGUGUCAUUUUAAUAAGUUUGGCAUUGUUUUGUGAUGCACUUAUUGGAAACUUUCAAGAAAAAAUGAUGAAAAAACAUAAUGCUACUAAUGCAGAAAUUGUAUUGUAUUCAUAUUUUAUAGGAUUUCUAUAUUUAUUUCUAAUAUUGAUUUUAAGUGGAGAACUUAAUGAAGGAACAAAAUUUUGCAUUGAGAAUCCUGUGAUAUACAUAUACAUAUUCUUUUUCUCUCUAUCUGGAUUUUUUGGUGUUCAAGCUGUUCUUGCACUUAUCAGAACAUGUGGGGCACUAGUUGCUGUAACUGUAACUACUUGUCGCAAAGCAGUAACAAUUGUUGUGUCCUUUAUGUUAUUUUCAAAACCAUUUACUAUUCAGUAUGUAUGGGCUGGAUUGUUGAUCGUUAUUGGAAUAUACUUAAAUGUGUUAGGUAAAACAAGUAAUUUUAAUUUUGAAAACGUUUUUAUAAAAAUGAGCUCAUUGUUUAAAGACACGGAAAAAAGACGAAAAUCCACUGUUGUGGUCUAAACUAUGUAAUUUUUGUAUAAAAGAAAACAUUAAUAUUUAAUUAAUUAAAUUAAGUAUUACCUCAAAUCAUUAUGUUAUUAUUACAAUAGUUUUAAAUUUAAAUUAUCAGUGAAAUAAUUAAAUUUAAAAAGUAUAGUAUGUAAAUUAUUAUUACUAAAAAUUUAUUUUUAAAUAUUGAAGAAAUAUUUGUAAAGGAAUUGGAUUGAAACUAGAAAGAAUAAUAAAAUAAUUUGAGAACUAU